AUGUCAGAAGAUAAAUUUGAUGCUUCGUUAGACCUUCUUAGAAGAUUGGAUCCUCAUUCAAUUGAAAAGAACCUCACUAGUAUAUGCUCCCUAAUUACUGCAUCCAAAAAUGCCGACACAGAAUUGGUGGAAGAAUUGUUGUCGGCAGUUGACGUGCCACUUUCUGUAGCUCAAUGCAAGGACUCAGGGAAAGAAUACUUAUGCUGUGACUAUAACAGAGAUGGUGACAGCUAUAGAUCUCCCUGGUCAAACAAGUAUUACCCACAACCUGAAGAUGAUUACGAUCAACCACCACCAUAUCCUUCGUCAAUCUUACGACAAUUGGAAAUCAAAGCGAAUGAUGCUUUUGAUAUAUACAGAGAUUUGUACUAUGAAGGCGCUGGGAUAUCAAGUGUUUACUUUUGGGACACAGCCGAAGAUGAAGACGAGGAAGAAGACUUAUCCAACGGUUUUGCUGGAGUUGUCUUGUUCAAAAAGGAAACCAGUGACCAAUCAGGUAAAUGGGACUCAAUCCACGUGUUGGAGGUCAUACCAGACACCAAAUCAACAUCGACGUACAAGUUGACAACCUCGGUGAUUUUAGAUUUACAACACAAGUCCGAAAAUGGGUUAAGUUUAAGUGGAAAUUUAACUAGGCAAUUGGAAUCUUCAAUAACAGCAGAUAUUAACAAUGGGGUGAAUUUGGAAACUAGUCAUUUGAUCAACAUUGGUACAUUGAUUGAAAAAGCAGAGUACAAUAUUAGAAAUCUUUUACAAGAAGUCUAUUUUGACAAAUUAAAGGAUAUCAUGUUGAAAGAUUUAAGAUCUAUCAAUGGAGGUGGUGACAAGAGCAUUAACGAUAACCAGAAGGAUAUAAUCAAAGGUUUACAAAGUUUAUAA